UACUCAAGCUCAUCUCCGUAUCCUGCCUUUACACACCCAACCUCCAGUGAGUGCAGAACUGCUCAUACUGUUCUGCACAAGUUGCACCAUGAGGACGUCGCCCAAGAAUUUGCAGAUCCAGACACUCCGGAGACCAUAGCCAAUGUUCUGGACGCCAUGAUUGUUGCAAUCCUUUCCCAAGCAACAUCUUGGAGUAAUGCAAAGCGCGCAAUGGCAGGUCUUCGCAGUACCUAUGGCGACUUGUUUGCGUACGACGAUAUACUGAACAGAGGAGAAGAAGUACUACAACAAGCCCUCAGACCUGGUGGCCUACACAUCCGCAAAGCCAAAAUCAUCAUGACCAUACUCAGACAAGUGCAAGAACAAAACAGUUCCUGGGAUCUGAAUCACAUCAUUAGUCUUCCGAACGAGCAAGCUAUGCAAGAAUUGCUGCAGUACAAAUACAUCGGAACCAAGUCUGCCAGUGUGGUUCUAUCCUGGUGUUUGAAGCGAAACGUUUUCAUCGUAGACACGCAUUGUUAUCGCAUUGCCAAGCUUUGGAACUGGGUACCCAAAGAGACAACCGUGGAGAAGACGCAACAACAUUUGGAUGCAAAGAUUCCUACCGAGUUGAAAUUCGACUUGCACUUUCUUAUGAUCGCGCACGGGAGAAGUUGUCGGGUCUGCAGA